CCAUACCAUUUCUACACCGUGCCUCGAACAUACUGUACAUCUUCCUUGCAGGUGGGCUCGGCUAUAGGUCUAUCUAUUCACAGCACCAUCGAGCUAUGUACACUUCUUGAGAUAGAUCCUUGUGACUGGUUGUGAGCAGAGCGCAGCGCAGCCCGAGGCAGCUACUCCAAAUCGUUUUACAUCGCUCUGUCUGCAGUGCACAUCCAGCAGUGAACCUCAAACUUCAAAAUGGGGUUUUAGCGGUUUCUGUAUCGACUUCGAACCUAUUCGAUAAUUAUUUUAGCCGCUUGCCGGAGAAGAGCAGAGAGGGGAUAGAGUGUGUAAUGAAGAAUACGGAUAAAGAGCGUGAAGGAGGCAGAGGGAGAACGGAAACAAGAAAAUCCGAGAAAGAUCAGAGUUGGAUCCCCAAGAUCAUCAAGAAGAGAGUGUGCACCACAUUCAUAGAGGACUGUUUUAGUAAUGGGGCGCUGUGCCAGUGCGGGGGUGUGCGUGAAACACACGGCUCCAUUGCUACGGGAGACUAUUUCGGGGCAGCCAUCGUCAGCCAGUGGGAUAGCUCUCAGCACUCCUCAGAGUACCCCACUGACGCCUUCGGAGAGUUGGAGUUCGCAGAGGCUGGCAGGAGACACAGCCAUUUCCUGCGCCUGUCGUGCGACACCACCCCUCAGAUGGUAUACACCCUGAUGACAGCCCACUGGGGGGUACCCUCCCCCAACCUGGUGGUUUCUGUGGUGGGGGGUGAGGGGUGCGAGAAAGUCAAGACCUGGGUCAGGGAGGUGCUGAGACAGGGGCUGGUCAGGGCAGCACAGAGCACAGGGGCGUGGAUAGUGACUGGGGGGCUGAGGGAGGGAGUGAGUCAUUGUGUUGGGGAAGCAGUGAGGGAUCAUGCAGCGGCGGCCUCCUCCCUGUCCCAGAAGAAAGUAAUCGCUGUGGGCAUGGCCCCCUGGGGGUUGGUGCACAACAGACAGCAGCUCAUCAACGCACAGAUGUCCUUUUACAUCGGGAAAUUGAAAACCACAGGAAAUCAAAUUAAUAACAACGAGGACUUUUUAUUACACAAGGGAUGGGAAUCACAAUGUCUUCUUCUCUCUCUCUCUCACUAUGUCUCUCUCUCUGUUUCUCUCCCUCUCUCUCUACCCUCCUUUCUCUACCCUGAUCUCUCUCCCCUCUUCCUUUACCCCUUCUCUCCUCCUCUGAUCCCAUUCCCUACACAUAAUCUCUCUCGCACACCCCCCUCUCUCACACAUUCUCUAACCCUCCCCCCCACACAAUCUCUCUUUCUCUACGCCUCUCCUCCACAGGGUAGUUUUCCAGCGCGGUAUUAUGCCCAGAACACAUCCCGUGACUCGUGCUGCCUGGAUAAUAACUACCAGGCCUUCCUGCUGGUGGAUGAUGGGAGUGUAGGCCGGCGGGGAGGGGAAACGGCCUUCCGGGCCAAGAUGGAGGACUACAUCUCCCACCAACGCACAGGCAUCUGGGGUAGUGGCAGUAUAGAUGUCCCUGUAUUGUGUAUGCUCAUCUCAGGGGACGCUGCCAUGCUGGAGAGGGUGGAUCUCUCUCUGAAGAAGGCUACUCCCUGGCUGGUGUUGAAUGGUUCUGGUCCAGCGGCGGACCUUAUCUGUGAGCUGCUGGAUGCACUGUCAGCCAUGCCCAUGAGCCCCCCCUCUCCCCCGCCAGAGGCUGAGGGGAGCAAGAGCCCCAGUGCGGAGCUGCGCGACAGAGCCCGUGAGAGGGUCCGGAGGCACUUCACUGCCGAGGCAGACCUGGAGAAGCUGGUGGACAGGGCACUGAGUAUCUACCAGAACAGAGAUCUGAUCACAGUGUUCCACGGGGAGCAGGAGAGUCCUGAUGAUUUUGACACAGUGCUACUGAAGGCUCUCGUCAGAGGUAGAGCCAGUAAACGUGUGUCCAGCGAUGCCAGGGAGUACACAGAGGAGCUGAAGCUAGCAGUAGCCUGGAACAGGGUGGACAUCGCUAAGAGUGAACUCUUCAAUGGAGACAUCCAAUGGCAGUACGAGGACCUAGAGGAUUCCAUGACGGACGCGCUGAUCAACGACAAGCCCCAGUUCGUGCGUCUCUUCACCGAGAAUGGUCUCAACAUCCUGGACUACCUGACAUACCGGCGUCUGGAGGUCCUGUACCGCUCGCUUUCCGACAGCUCUCUGGCCUACACGCUGCUCCAGCGCCGCCUCACAGAGAGGCAGGGCUUGGCCGGGUCCCUGCCCACCGUCCCCUGCUCUCUGGACGGGGCCUCGCUCCUCAAGAGCCCCGUGAGCCCCAUAUCAGAACCCUCGUCGGCCAAAGAGCUCAGCUUGUAUGAGAUGUCAAGGCUUCUAUGGGACAUCCUGGGAGAUGUGUGUCUGCCCUUCUACUACAGCCCUCUGAAGUUGGACCAGAGCACCAGCACCAGGAGAGCACUGAAGCACAUGAAUAAGUUGUUGCUGGAGGAGUGUCCGUACAAGGAGCAGCGCUGUCUCUCUCCCUGGGCCUCUCUGUUCAUCUGGGCCGUGCUGCAGAACCGCAGCGAGAUGGCCGUCUACUUCUGGGAGAUGGCAGGGGAGUCUGUCCUCAGUGCUCUGGCAGGCUGUAAGAUGCUGAGGGAGCUGUCUAAGCUGGAGAGUGAGACGGAGACCAAGCUCUCUAUGAAGGUGCUGGCCCAGAAGUUUGAGAACUUGGCCCUUGACGUGUUCAGUGAGUGCUACCAGAGCAGUGAAAGACGCUCCUUCACCCUCCUUAUAAGGAAGUCUCCGGUGUGGGGCGGAGCUACCUGUCUGCAGAUGGCUACUGCAGCUGACGCUCGCCUCUUCUUCAGCCAUGACGGCGUGCAGUCUCUGCUGUCUCAGAUAUGGUGGGGAGACAUGGAGAGGAGCACGAAGGUCUGGAAACUGGUCCUCGCUUUCUUCUUACCCCCCCUCAUCUACACCAACCUCAUCACUUUCAGGGAACAGGAGGAGGAGGGGAAGUCGGAGGAGGUGACUCAUGGUCGGAACACAGACAGUCUGGAUGGAGGAGAUGCCACUGUGUUUUCUCUCGCCGACAUCAUGCAAACGGAAGAGGAUGCUGAGGAAUAUGCUGCUUUAAGGGCCAAACGGAAAGGUGCCUCCAAUCCCAAGAGGCCCUUCAUACUGCUGCGCUGGAGGGAGUUCUGGUUUGCGCCCGUCACCUCGUUCCUGGGCAACGUGCUGAUGUACUUCCUGUUCCUCUCCCUGUUUGCUUACAUCCUAUUGGUGGACUUCAAGCCCCCGCCCCCUCACGGCCCGUCCACCUUAGAGUUUGUUCUCUACUUCUGGGUCUUCACCAUGGUCUGUGAGGAGAUUCGACAGACGUUCUUUGUGGGCAGCAACACUGUAUAUCAGAGGAUGAGUCUCUACAUCCAGGACAUGUGGAAUAAGUGUGACAUCUUGGCUAUCUCACUCUUUGCCCUGGGCAUGUGCUGCAGAAUGUUCCCUUGGUCCUAUGAGUUUGGCCGUGCUGUGUUUGCUGUGGACUACAUGGUGUUUACCCUUCGUCUCAUCCACAUCUUCGCCAUCCACAAACAGCUGGGACCAAAGAUCAUCAUUGUCGGCAACAUGAUGAAGGACAUAUUCUUCUUCCUCUUCUUCCUGGCGGUGUGGCUCAUGGCCUACGGCGUAGCCAAUCAGGCGCUGCUCUACUCCUAUGACCCCCGUCCCAAUUGGAUCUUUCGCAGAGUAUUCUACAGGCCAUACCUACACAUAUUUGGACAGAUCCCCAUACACGAAAUGGAUGCUGAUAAACUGGAGGAGGGGAUACAGUGCACCAAUAACGCAACCCUGAUCGGGGCGGGGGCAGAGCCCUGCAUGAGUACCUACGCCAACUGGCUGGUGGUCAUCCUACUGGUCAUCUACCUGUUGGUCACCAACAUCCUCCUGGUCAAUCUGCUCAUCGCCAUGUUCAGUCAUACGUUCUCAAAAGUGCAGGAGCACAGCGACACCUACUGGAAGUUUCAGCGCUACAAGCUUAUCUUGGAGUACCAUUCCAGACCCUGCCUUGCGCCACCCUUCAUCAUCAUCUCCCACCUCCACCUCUUCAUCAAGAGGCGCAUCCGCAGGAUCCCCUCCGUCAAGAUCAAACACUUUGUUCUGGAGAUCUAUGGUAGGCAGGCCAGUAAACUGAACAUGUGGGAGGCCAUCCAGAAGGAGAAUAUACUGUCUGCCCAGAACAAACGAGAGAGAGAGAAAGACUCAGAGAGACUUAAACGCACCUCCGUCAAGGUGAAUAGUGUCCUAAAGCAGAUGGUAAAGAUCCAGGACCACGACCGCAGGCUGAGAAUGCUAGAGACCAAGUUGGAAUAUUGUUCUAGUGCCCUCUCCUGGAUGGUGGACGCUCUCUCUCAGAGUAACUUGAUAAAACCCACACGUCCUCCGCCCAUUCUCAGAGAUCUGACCCCUCUUUCUCCAACUAACUGACCCAUGUCUGAUGGAGAAUAGUGAAAUCUAGACACACGUGCACACACACCUACAAUCACUGUCACUCAGUGCCGAAGAAUGUCAAGAAAUGCCAAAGACGGACUCGAUGCUCAUUCAUCAAUCAUUUCAAUGUCGUUUUUAAACGUUGAUAAUUUCAACUGCUGCCAUUUUGUAUGUGUACCAUUGUUGCUCUUCUAUGUUACACUUUGUUGUUCCUAUGUUCAACAAAUCUUGUUCCUGUGGGUUAUAGAAUGGACGGACAAUAUGUUCCUAAUGUAAUAUGUACAGACAUUGUAAAGGUAAAAUAUUAUUAUUUGACAUGACCAAGUACAAACACAUUAAACUUUUUGUUGUAUGUUG